GGCGUCUCGGUGUCCGCCACGUGGCGAAGCCGUUACUCCCGCUUUCGAAUUUCAUUCUAUUAUAUCGAUCAAUCAUUAUUAUACGCUUCCCAAACGCGAUUUCGUAACGUGGCUUUUUCUGAUUAUUACUUCUACGCUUAAGUUGUUUACGUGUUGGCUGGCUGCUCAGAAAAAAUUAGAGAGAGAAGGAACCGAUUAUGGUCUGGAACUGAAAUACGAAAAAGGCAAAAGGAAGGGAAGAGAAAAAAGGGAAAAAGAAAAAGAAAAAAAAAAAAACAAACACACCCCAAAACUCAGGGAUUCAUUUUUGUUCGUUGCCUUUGAAUGAAACCCUUCGCUGUAUUAUUAUAAACGUGCGUUCUUGUGAACUGGAAGCAAAAGCAAGGCUCGCGGCAUUGCUCUGCGAGUUUUGACUUUUAAGCGUCACCUAACCUUUUUCAUCUUCUUCAUUUUGCUUUUUAACAAUUCAGCAUUUUCUCGAAUCUUCUGUUAUUCCACCACUGUGCAUCGCUGAUUGAUCUUCGUUGACGAAUUGCAAAUGCGCAUCGCUGUGCAGGUGAUGGGCAUGAUUUGGAUUUCUAAUGUCUUUCUUACGGGGUGAUGGGAUGCGUCUACUUUUGAAGUACAGUGAGCAGGGAUGGACAUCAAUGCUCUUCUAAUUUCUGCUGGAAUUAAUAUUGUUCUGUGUGUGGUGCUCUUUUCAUUUUAUUCCGUAUUAAGAAAACAACCCAGCAAUGUUAACGUAUACUUUGGAAGGAGACUAGCUUCUCAGCAUUCAAGACGCGUUGAUCUCUGCUUGGAAAGAUUUGUUCCCUCCCCUAGCUGGAUACUGAAAGCAUGGGAAACGUCUGAGGAAGAGAUACUAGCUAUUGGUGGCUUGGAUGCUGUGGUUUUUGUGAGGAUGCUUGUGUUCAGUAUUCGAGUGUUUUCCAUUGCUGCUGUCAUCUGCCUUGCUCUAGUGCUUCCUAUAAAUUACCAUGGUAGAGACAGAACGCAUAAGCAUAUACCUUUUGAGUCGCUGGAAGUAUUUACCAUUGAGAAUGUCAAAGAAGGUUCAACGUGGCUUUGGGCUCAUUGUCUUGCGCUAUACAUCAUAACAUUCUCGGCUUGCACUCUUCUGUACAUUGAAUAUAAGAGCAUUACUAAUUUGAGGCUACUGCAUAUUGUUGGAUCACCUCCAAAUCCAAGUCAUUUCACAAUUCUUGUCCGAUCAGUUCCCUGGUCUUCUGAAGAAUCAUACUGUGAAACCGUGAAAAAGUUCUUUUCACAUUACCAUUCGUCAGCAUAUUUGUCACACCAAAUGAUUUAUAAGUCCGGUAAAGUUCAAAAACUGAAGGAUGAUGCUGAACAUGUGUGUAAAGUACUUAAAAAUGCUUCACUGGAAAAGACUUGUAAGCCUAGUUUUAGGCAUUGUUGUUCUGGAGCAUCAACAAAUUCUUUCAAAAAGAUUUCUAAUGAAAUGGAUAGUGUUAAUGGUGGAACGGACAAUACUGACAUGAAUUUAGAAACAACGAAAAAGGAAUGUGCCGCUGCUUUUGUAUUCUUUAAAAGUCGUUAUGCUGCUCUUAUGGCUGCAAAGGUGCUGCAGACACCAAAUCCUAUGUUAUGGGUGACAGAUUUAGCUCCUGAACCGCAUGAUAUUUAUUGGUCCAAUAUUUGCGUACCAUAUAGGCAACUUUGGAUCCGUAAGAUAGCUACACUUGUGGCCUCUAUUGCCUUCGUGUUCGUGUUCCUUAUCCCUGUUACAUUUGUACAAGGAUUGACUCAACUAGACAAACUUCAGAAAAUGUUCCCUUUUCUGAGAGGGUUAUUUAAAGAGAAAAUUGUGAAUCAGGUGGUGACUGGUUACCUACCAAGCGUGAUAUUGGUUUUAUUUUUGUGUGCAGUUCCACCUAUGAUGAUGCUAUUUUCUUCUGUGGAGGGUUCUAUUUCUCGUAGUGCAAGGAAGAAGAGUGCAUGUUGUAAAUUCUUGUACUUCACAAUUUGGAACGUGUUUUUUGUUAAUGUAUUUACUGGUUCUGUUAUCAGUCAGCUCUCAGUUUUUACUAGCGUAACAGACCUGCCUGCCCAACUUGCCAAGGCAGUUCCAUCGCAGGCUACUUUCUUCACAACUUACGUUUUAUCGUCUGGUUGGGCGAGUUUGGCAUGUGAAGUUAUGCAAAUUUUCCCUCUUCUAUGCAAUAUUUUCCAGAGAUUCAUACUCAGACUUAAGGAAGAUGCACUGGAUAGCAGCAUAUCUUUUCCGUACCAUACAGAAGUUCCAAGAGUAUUAUUGUUUGGAUUCCUCGGCUUCACUUGUUCUAUUCUGGCACCCCUGAUGUUGCCCUUCUUGUUGUUCUACUUUUUCCUUGCUUACCUUGUUUACCGAAACCAGAUUAUCAACGUGUACAUUACAAAAUAUGAUAGUGGGGGACAGUUCUGGCCUAUUGCUCACAACACCACCGUGUUUUCAUUGAUAUUUUCUCAACUUAUCGCGCUGGGGGUGUUUGGACUUAAACGCUCAACAGUUGCAUCUGGAUUCACCAUUCCAUUGUUGAUUGGUACGCUUCUAUUUCACCAGUAUUGUAGGCAACGGUUUCUCCCAAUAUUCAAGAGCAAUUCAGCACAGAUUGUAAUUGACAUGGAUAUGAGAGAUGAGCACAGCGGGAGGAUGGAAGAGAUUUAUGAGCAUUUACCUUUAGCCUACAGCCAGCCCAGUUUAAUGGAAGAUGCCUCAAGUCAACCCCAAUGCGACAAACGUCACGAGGACAUGGACAGAGGUCAAUCUUCAUCAGAAGAUAUGGAAACAGGCAAGGAACUUUUUAAAAAAGAUAGACCACGCCCAGUACAACGCUCAGUGAGUUUGAACUCGGAUAAAUCUGUACUUGGUUUAAACCUAUGAGUACACCGAAAAUACUGUACAUUGUAUAAGAAAUAUCAUGACGUGCACUAAAGGUGCCUGUGCACGAACAAUUGUUCAAAAUAUAGAUGAAGAUCAGAGUCUCUUGAGAUAUAUAUGUUGUUCAUUAAUUUUUUAGUUGUAAAUAGUUUUCUUUUAAAAUGAGUUCAAUUAAAUGUAAAUAGAAAUGUAAUAAUACAACAUUGUCAUCAAAAGUGAAAUAAAUUGCAGAAAACUGAGAAAUUGAGAUACGGCAACAUGCAUAUAUCUUUAAAGGAUUUUC